AUGACGGACACAGCCAGCGAGACGACGGCCGCCGUCAGCCCAGCGCAAAUUGCGGCGCUCUGUGUAAGCAUAUUCGCCAUUAUCGUGUUCACCAGCAUCAGCAUCUACCUCUACGGGCGACGAAAGGGCUCUGAGGAGGUACACAGCCUCUCGCACAACCACCACCACUACCCUCCGCACAUUACCCGCAUACCGGACACGCGGCCCCGGGAUUCGACAACCAGCGGUCAAGGCAGCGCUACCCGUGGCGGGCGCUUCACCAAACUGAAGGAGGCGUUUGGUAUCAAAGUCGCUGCCGCGGCUGAGGCUGUAGUUGCUACCAGGGGGGCGUCGUCGUCGGCGGCGGCAGAAACGGAAGCGUUUGGCAAAGCAGCGAGGAUGCGAGCCGCGUCGCCGCUGCAAAUAGGCAUCCCCCCCGGCACCGGUAACCCAUACAGCGGCACUGAAGAGUUUCAGGCGGCCGUCCACAAUCUCCUGAGCUACCGGCCGGGCGAGUUACAAGUCUGCUAUCAUGAGUCUGAUGAUGACGAUGAUAAUGAUUACGAGGACACGCAUAGAGGAUCACAGCCGGAGCACCGAGAAGGGUCCUAUUCGGCAGCCGAUCCCUGUGGUUCACCACUGCCCGCGUAUGCAGAAGUAGCAGAGCCGCGCCGGUUUUCCUGGCAAGGUCAAGAAUGCGACUAUCGGCCAGAAAAGCGUUAA